AGAAGCGCGCAGGACCGAGUUGUAUUACUGAGUUCCCUUUUGUACGAGUUCACUCAGUCCAUGGAAACCGCUCGAUGCUCAAUUUUUCUCUCUCUAUCUCACACAAAUGACAAGUCUCAACAGCCCAGAAAAACUAGCGCGAAAAUCAGGUCUUUUGGUUGAAAACUUCAUUUGUGGUUGUGGAGAUGAAGCUAUCUGCAAUUUUUGAACUAUUAUUCAAAUUUUCCUCUACCAAAAUGGCCAGUCGGCUUAAAGGAAAACCGGGCCUUUACUCCCUCCAGAAAGAAGAGGAAGAGAAGGAGUUUGAUCUGGGAUCCGACGAUCCAAAGGCAUUGUUUCCCCUCACCAUCACUUCUCGGGCGCUAUGUAUGUUGGGAGAUGUUACAGUGGGGCAGGCAUAUCAGUUUACCCAAUGGAUGGAGCUGGUACAAUCAAGAAACGUAAAUGAUUCUGAGCAAGCUUCAGAAGUGAGUUUGUGGGAAAGACUAGGUAAAGCUGCCAUGUUGGACAUUGAGUCAAGUUCCUUUUCAUGGAACAUGCUUUCUUCUCUCCACCACAUAGAGCAAACUAGUAGUACUGAGCAGUCUGAGGAUGAAAUGAAUAAAGCAUUGGAGGUCACUGUCAACUCUGGAGGUGUAGUUUUUUUUGCACUAUUCAAUCAGCCUCGAAAUGAUGGAUCUUCCCCCAAGGAAGCUGCAGCUGUUAUAAAGAUACCAUCAAAAAGGAUGGCCACCCAAUCAGAACGUCUUGGCUAUGAAUUUGCAAAGUGGCUAGGUGUUCGAACUCCACAACAGGCCAGAGUUAUUCACAAUUCGAGUCCUGAGUGGCUGCAGAUAAAAGAAGCUGCAGACAAAGUAAAAGAUGCUGCAAUUUUAGAAGGGGAUGAAAUCAGUGAAAUGACAUGCUCAGAACUUUUACAAGCACUUGACCUAAGUCGCUGUGUUUUACUGAUGAAUUACAUACAUGGAUCCCCUCUGUUGGAGAGCUCAAAUGCAUUUGAUUCACAGGAAGCUGCAGAAAAAACAGCAGCAGCCCUUGGCAGGGUCAUGGUUUUGGACCUUGUCAUAAGGAAUGAAGAUCGCCUUCCAUGUCAACAUCUCAGAUGGCGUGGAAACUCAGCAAAUUUGCUGUUAUCUGAUAAGCUGGCUACUGCAAAUAUGGAUGGAGUGGAGGGGGAUUUCAAUCCUGCAAUAAAGAGUUGUAGACCAAAAGUUAUUCAAGCAUUGCAGAAAGGGAGAAGAGCUACUUCUAUUGAUUCUCGGUUUUCCUCUCCUAAUCCAGGAUUAGUUAUACAGUUCUCUGAUCUCUCAGAUGCCACAGAAUCUUCAAAAUCCAGCAGUUUUAGUGUUAAAAGCCUAACCUUAAAUGAGCCAAUAUCUCCUGCUUUUCAUAUUGUAGCCAUAGACUCAGGGGUUCCACGCAGACCACCUGUUGGAAAACGUGUAAAUGACCAAGAAAAUUAUCCUAAGUUGGUUGAGCUCCUUAUCAACAGUUCUGUGUAUGCUUCUAAUCUGUUAAACGAGAUAAGUGGAGGAAAAUUAGGAUCCUCAUCAGAUGAUUCAGAAAUGAUAAAUGAUUCAGAUUUGGCUAAAGUGGAAUCUAUUACUCAAAAAUUUCGAUGUGGAUUCCGUGCAUCUCUGCGUGAUUUACAGGGAUUUCACAUAUUUCUUCUCACCCUUCAUCAGAAAUUAGAAAUCCUUUUGCGUCUGCUUCUUAACAUUAUUGAUAGGUCUUCCUCUGGCGAUGCUGACAAAGAAGAAUCGAUGCAUCCUGAGUCACCAUCAUGUGCUAGUGGAAUCUCUGGUAAUUUUCCUCCUUCUCCAAGCAGGGAAAGGAUGGUCUAUGACAACAACUUGGAUUCAAAUGAUUCAGACUUACAGAGAGCAGCAUUUAGGUCAUUGUCUUCAGUAUGUAAAGAGACCUUGGAUACUGUUUCUCCGCUUUCUCGGGAUAGUUGGCUGGGAAAAAUUAGUAAGGGCAGUGGAGACUCCCUGCAAAGUGUACGUUUGGCAUCAAAACUCCGUGACGUGAACAAAUUUGCUAAGGGAGAUGCAGAAUUAAACAAAGAUCUAGAACAAUGGAAUGAGAUGCUGAAAAAUGAUGUAGUGAAGUUGUGCCAUGAAAAUGGUUUUUAUUCAGGAUUCUUUGGAGGCAGUGAUAAUAAUUACGUGGUUGAUGCGUAUGAGUUGAAGGUCAGGCUUGAACACAUUCUUGAAAGGAUAUCAUUGAUAUCUGAUGCUGCAAAUACUGAAAAACCGUCAAAAGUUACAGACACCAUGUUCAUCGGUGGGGCACUAGCUGCAAGAUCUGUAUACACUUUGCAACAUUUUGGAAUUACACACAUUUUAUGCCUAUGUGCCAAUGAAAUUGGGCAGUCAGACUCUCAGUUUCCUGCCUUAUUUUUGUACCAAAACUUUUCUAUUUGUGAUAAUGAGGACUCAAACAUUACUGGUAUCUUUGAGGAAGCACAUGAUUUCAUUGAUCAUGUUGAAAAAAUUAAAGGCAAGAUUCUGGUUCAUUGCUUUGAAGGGAAAAGCAGGAGUGCAACACUAGUUCUUGCAUACCUAAUGCUCAGAAAGAACUUCACUUUAUUGCAAGCAUGGAAUACACUGAAGCUGGUGCACCGGAGAGCCCUACCUAACGAUGGUUUUGCGAGGGUUCUUAUGGACCUCGAUAAGAAGUUACAUGGUGUGCUCUCCCUCGAAUGGCAACAACGGAAACCAACAAUGAAGGUAUGCUCCAUAUGUGUAAACAUUGCUGGCUUAAGCAGCAGUUCACUUAAUCUUCAUUUGCAGAAAGCCCACAAGAAACAGCCAACUGGAAGCAUGGAUACUACGAUGAGCAUGGAAAUGCAGAAGGCGCUGGAUGCUCUGCAAAUAACCCGAAUUGGAAACGUCAGCCCUACACCAAUGGAGCGCCAUUCGCUGACAGAUUAAUAGGAAGGUUUGGGCAAUUUUAUUUCGGUCUCGAGUAAUUCAUACACAUCCUGUUUCCACAAAGAAAUAACUCUGCAACAACUUUUUGAGCUUGUGUAGUGACACUGUCCAUGGAGUAAUCUAAAUUUUGGUAUAAUGACAGUAUACCUAAAAGCAUUUAUUCAUGUCAAAAAGUGUAAAUCCAAUGGUAAAAUACUGAUUCUAGGAAGCUAAUUUAAUCAUUUCUCAACUUCUAUAU